ACACUAUUCUUGAAGCACUACCAAGAGAGAAGUGGGGAGGUUACUGUUGCUCCUGCUGGGGCAAGGACGAAUGGAUAUACGGUCACUCGGCUUGUUUUUCGGCAGUGAAUCGAUAAACACACUUUGUGGUUGAUCGUACACAUCGUCCUGGCUAGUCGCUAUAGUGGUGAGGCUGCAGGAUAAGAGAUUCCCAGCAUUUGAUAGUAAGGCGGUGCGAAGGACAGCAAUGGAGGUUGUGGUGGAGUUCGAGUAUGAUGCACUCCAUGAUGACGAGCUUACCCUGCGCCUGGGCGACAUCAUCAAGAAUGUGAGAUAUAUAGAGGAGGAUGGUUGGAUGGAGGGAGACCUCAACGGGAAAAGGGGCCUCUUCCCUGACAACUUUGUUAAGGAAUUAAAGAAGGAAUCCAAAGAGGUCAAGGAAACGAAGAAUGACCCAAAAGAGGAGUCCACUCAGCCUCAGAGGAGAGAAAAGAACGCAGGGAACGUGGCCAACCUGGUCCAAAGGAUGAGCACUAUCGGCAUCCCGACUGGUGGUUUCCAGCCUCAGCCGCCAGCAGCUUCAAAGAAGCCUAAGAAGAAACUGUGCAAGGUGCUAUUUGAUUAUCAACCACAGAAUGAAGAUGAGCUAGAGCUGAAAACCGGAGCCAUCAUAGACGUCACGGAAGAGGUUGAAGAGGGAUGGUGGAACGGCAGCUUGAAUGGCAAAUCAGGACUGUUUCCCUCCAACUUUGUUAAAGAGCUGGACGUCAUGGGGGAGGAUGGAGACUCCAAUGACACCACAGCAGACGAAGCUGAUGGAAGUGGAAUGGAAAUCACCACUCCCACAUCACCCCAAUCUUCAGGGAAUGGAGUUAUUGCUCAGCCCAAGAAGGUCCGAGGUGUUGGCUUCGGAAAUAUUUUCAAAGAAGGGUCGGUCAAACUAAAGGUCCGACUGCCCAGCAGUGACUCAGAGGAAAGGAAGGAGAAACCAAUCCCAUCAUUACCAUCCACUGCAAAGCCCGCCCAUCCCAACAUGACAGUCUUGCCGAGAGCAGAUGGAAACAGCAAAUCCAAAGGUGCCACUGUUUUGGGUUCUUCAGUAAAAGAGUACUGUAAGGUCACAUUUGCAUUCGAGGCCACAAAUGAAGAUGAGCUGAGCCUUAAAGAGGGUGAUGUCAUCCAUGUCCUGAGUAAGGACACAGGAGAGCCUGGCUGGUGGCGAGGGGAGAUUGGUGGUAAAGAUGGUGUCUUCCCUGACAACUUUGUGGUCAUGGUUUCUGAAGCAGACAAGGAGCAUCCUGCAUCAAGAGGGUCAGUAAAACCGUCGUCUAGGCAGGAGUCUGAAGAGGCUCCCACGUCAAGAGGCUCACUGAAAUCAACAUCUAAGCAGGAGUCUGAAGAGAAACCAAAAAAGCCACCUGCACCGUCAAAAAGCACAGUUCUCAAACCGGAGGCUCCUGGUUCCGACAAGACGUCUCAUCUCAUCAGGGCAGAGGACAGAGUUGACAAGCCUACCCCAGAUCAUAAACCAGCCAAGCCUGCAGCGCCGGUGGUCCCACCCAAGAAGCCUGUCCCCCCUCCAGGGAAAGGUAGACCAGUGAGCUUCCCACCAAAGAGGCCCGACAAGCCUCUUGCGCCUUCACCAAAACUCAAGCACAAUGGAGAGGUGCCUUUGACACAACCAAAGCCGGACUUAGAACCAUCAUUGCCUGCCAAACCCAAGACGCUGUCUGGGGACUCAGGGGAGAAGUCCCCAGAUACAGCCUCAGCAGACCUGAUGAUUUUUGAUGAGGUGCCAUCUACCUCAGAGAAGCUCUCUCACCCCACUGCUAACAGACCAAAGAUGCCUGCCAGGAGGCUGCCUGCCCAGUUUGGUGGAGUACAAUUGCCCAAUAAGGAAGUGAGUGCAGAGAAAUCCUUCAAAACCGAUGAAGAGGAUGUCAAAUCAAAGCUAACAGAAUCCAGAAAGCUUUCAACAAGUUCAUUAUCGCAGUCACCAUCUCACCUCAGGCCUACCACUGAGACCAAACAUAGCCCAGCACCAGCCCCAAGCUCAGACAGCAGCUCUCUGAGCAGCAAUGACCAGCUGGAGCCUAAAGAGCCAGGUUCCCAGCUAGAUGAGCUGAGGAGCCAGAUGAAGGAGCUGCUGGUGUCUUUGGAGCUGCUCAAGACCCAGCAAAUGAAAGAGAUAGCAGAGCUCCGAGGAGAGCUGGAUGAAGAAAGGCAAAAGCGUGUGGCCCUGCAGAUGGAGAUAGAAAAACUAAAACGGGCCAUCCACUCAACAUGAAGCCCACGCUCCAAUCGACAACAAGCCUCAAGGUCAGCUGCUGGCCUGUCAACCAACCAGAGCAGAAGGGCAGUGACGAACCAACAGUUGAGCGGCUGGAGGGAGGGAGGUUGUGGAACCACCUCAAGCACAAUCUUUGUUCAGUGAUCUACAAAAAUAAACUCUCCCCAUAUUUGUAAGAUUUACAUUUUGCACAUAUAAUUUUUUUUUCAAGCUAGAUGUAAUUAAGUUACAGAUGUAUAUGUUUCUUUUUCUUUUUAAAUUUGUUUUUAUUUUACCAACACAAAAAACCGAGGCCUUACUUCAAACUACUGCUCUGGACUUGUAAUUGCCACUCACUCUCUCCCCUUCACUCUGCGCUCCUCGAACUCCUCAGGGAGGAGGUUUUGCUCUCAGUACUACUGACUUUAUAUAAAGCAAGGGGUUUCUUGUUUUCUUCACCUAAUAAUCUUUCUCAUAUUUUUUAUGGUGCACAAAUAGUUGAUUUUAAAAAGUAAGAAAAUGUUUGGUUUCAUUUAACAUCUUGGGAUUUUCACAAGUGAUUUCUUUUUUUCUGUCUGACACAGUGCUUGUUGCUUGUCUACUUCAUAGGCGCAGCGCUUCAGAGAGCACUCUAUCAAUUAGUUUUAUGUUUUCUAGCAUUCCUAUCCAGGGUAACACUACUGUGCCUGUUAAAAACAUGUUUCUAUUAAGUGUUUGUAAUGGGAGCUUACAUUUAACGUGAUGGUGUCUGGAAAAUCUGCAGCAUGAUAUUGUAUAUCUAUAUUUUUUAAGUCUAAUGAUAUGCUAGUCAAAUAUUGUAUAGAGAGCCUCUUCUAUGCUGGUCUUUGCUAUUUUUGUCAAACUAUUCCACCCAAUAGGAAUGUUCUAAGACACUUGGUCAGAAAGUGCUGCAGAAUGCCAUCACAUGCAAAAAAAAAAAA